ACCAUCAACGCCUUGAACGGCUCCUCCGUGAAGCUCUCCUGCACCUUCAACUCCUGCUACAAGGUGGAGAACAAGCAGUUCUCCCUCAACUGGACCUACCAGGAGUGUGGGAACUGCUCUGAGGAGCUGUUCUUACAGUUCCGGAUGAAGAUCAUGAAUAAGCAGCUGGACCGCUUUGGGAACCGGGUGGAGUUCACCGGGAACCCCACCAAGAACGACGUGUCCUUCACCCUCAAAAACGUGCAGCUGGAGGACGAGGGCACCUACAAUUGCUACGUCCUGAACCCCCCCGACCGGCACCGGGGCCACGCCAGCAUCAGCCUGAAGGUGCUCACCAAAGAGCCCCCGAAGCACGACUCGACAGUGGCUGUCAUCGUGGGGGCCUCUGUCGGUGGCUUCUUGGCCGUGGUGAUCCUGGUGCUGAUGGUGGUGAAAUGCGUGCGCCGGAAAAAGCAGCAGAGGCUGAACACAGAUGACCAGAAGACUGAGGAGGAGGGGAAGACAGACGGCGAAGGCAACCCGGACGAGGGCACCAAGUAACACCCCCCUGCCUGCCCCUCCCUCUUCACCCCUGUACAGCGUGACCCCCUUGAUAUGCUUCCCAGAGCAAGGAUUUCUGUCUCCCCAGAGCAUCCCUCCUUCCAUCUAAAUAUCCAACCCAGUCUGGAGCAGGGCGUGGAGAAAGAAGGUCCCUGGAGCCUGGGCGCAGCGGCAGGGCUGGUGGGG